CCUCUAGGGGGUUUAGUACGCAUGCGCAGGCUGUUCGCCUGUCAGGGCACGGCUCAGCGACAGUAUGGCGGCGAGCUGGUGCUGGAAGGAUGCUGCUGUCUGUCAGGCUGCUGUUUCUUCUGCUCUCAGAAUGUGAACGGACUAGCAGCCUCGCACGGAACGUCCACAGCGAUAACGGACUGUAGCCGCGAGCUCCAGGAUGGCCAGGCUUGCGGAUUAUUUCGUCGUGGUCGGUUACGAUCUCGAUAAGAGAGGGGGAAGUGAGGGUCAAGGCCGGAUUCUCCAGCGAUUCCCAGAGAAAGAUUGGGAGGAUAACCCCUUCCCUCAGGGUAUUGAGCUGUUCUGUCAGCCUAGCGGAUGGGAACUGGUACCAGAGCGACUGCCCCCCUCUUUUUUUGUGGCCGUCUUAACAGACAUCAACUCAGAGCGCCAUUACUGUGCCUGCUUCACCUUCUGGGAGACUGUAGAAAACCCUCAGAAGAAAGAUCCCAGAGAGGCCGAUGAAGACGAGAGCCCUGAACUCGUGCAGCCCGCUCAGCUCUAUGCCCCCAAGAGCCUGGUGGUGGUGUCCCGACUGGACCACACAGAAGUCUUCAGGAACUGCCUGGGACUCAUCUACACGGUGCAUGUGGAAAGCCUUAACGUGCCACUGGAAACAGUUAUCGGGAACCUCCUGACCUGCAUCAUUUCCACAGCAGGAGGAUCUCAGAUAAACGAUCCACCAGUCUGUAGUUUAUCUGACUGGCUUCUGGGUUGUUUUCAGAGGACCAUCACAUUGGGGGCAGGAGAUAGACAGGUCAUCCAGACGCCCAUCAAUGAAUCCCUUCCUGUGAGUGGUUGCAGUGUGGCCCAGCUCUUCAGGCAGCUCGGUAUUGUAAACGUUCUGUAUCUGUUCUGUGCUGCUCUGACUGAGCACAAGAUCCUGUUCCUGUCGAAGAGCUAUCAGCGGCUCACUGACUCAUGCAGAGCUCUGCUAGCCAUCAUGUUUCCACUCAAAUACAGUUUCACCUAUGUCCCCAUCCUGCCUGGGAAGCUCUUGGAAGUCCUUUGCACUCCAACACCCUUUAUCAUCGGUGCCAACUCCUUCUUCCGCGUAGAAACCCAGGAACUGUUGGACGUGAUCAUUGCAGAUCUGGAUGGAGGGACAGUGACGAUUCCUGAGUGCGUCCAUAUAUCUUUGCUGCCUGAGCCACUUUUGCAGCAAACACAGACGCUUCUGUCUAUGGUCCUGGAUCCAGAGCUGGCGGUGGCCGAUCACGCCUUUCCCCCUUCUUCAACACAGCCCUCUGCACUCAAGAUCCAGGAUAAGGAGAUCCGUGCUGUGUUCCUGAGGCUCUUUGCCCAGCUCUUCCAAGGCUAUCGCUGGUGUCUGCAUAUCAUCCGCAUCCACCCAGAGCCUGCCAUACGCUUUCAUAAGGCUGCUUUCCUAGGCCAGCGAACACUGAAUGAGGACGACUUCCUAAUGAAGGUGCUGGACGGCAUGGCGUUUGCAGGUUUCGUGUCAGAGAGAGGACCGCCUUACAGGGCCACAGACCUGUUUGAUGAUCUUAUUGCUAACCAGGUGGAGCGGAUCCGUCAGGAGCAAGGAGACUUGCACAAAGUGAUGAACUAUGUAACGGAGCUGGCUGAGCAGCUUUUCAAAAAUGAAAACCCAUACCCAGCUGUGGCUAUGCACAAAACACAGCGCUCACCAAACAGCUCUCAGGCUCCUGUCUCUCGGGCUCAGUUUCCAGUCUUGGAUGAGGUGACCGUCCAGCUGUUUGUUGAUCAUGCAGCUGCCAAGCUCAAAACAGCCCCACCUGUGGUCAAAUCUGAGCUUAAGGAGAUGGUGCCCUCAGGACCCCCACUGGCUGACAUCAUUGACAAGAACGGCAGCGUCCUGGCUAACAGUGCUCGGAGACUGGAGGUGGUCCGGAAUUGUAUCACUUACAUCUUCGACAACAAGAUGCUGGAGGCUAAGAAGUUGAUGCCAGCAGUAUUACGGGCGCUGAAAGGGCGGGCAGCACGUGUGUGUUUGACUCAGGAGCUGAACCAGCAUGUGCUGCAGAACAGAGCCGUGCUGGACGACCAGCAGUUUGACUACAUCGUCCGCAUGAUGAACUGCACUCUACAGGAUUGCUCUCACAUGGAUGAACAUGGCAUUGCAGCAGCUCUUCUGCCCCUGGUUACUGCCUACUGUCGGAAACUCGGUGGGGGGAUCACUCAGUUUGCUUACAGCUGUGUACAGGAGCACAUGGUGUGGACUAACAUGCAGUUCUGGGAGGCCAUGUUUUACAGCGACGUGCAGAAUCAUAUCCGAGCGCUCUAUCUGGAGACAGAGGACCAAGCCACGCUUGAUGAGGAUGGGGUGAGUAGACAGUUGAGUGCUCUGGAGCUAGCAUCAGAGCAGACUCGGUUAUGGCCCACACUAAGCAAGGACGGCCAGCAGGAGCGUGUUCAGAAGGAGGAGAGUACCGUGUUCAGCCAAGCCAUCCAUUAUGCCAACCGCAUGAGCUACCUGCUGCUGCCGCUCGAUACCAGCAAGAACCGACUACUGCGCACCACUGGCCUGGCAGAGGUGGAGAGUGUCAGCAACAGCUUUGUCACUAACAGUAUCGCAGGCAGUAUGGCGGAAAGCUACGAUACAGAAAGUGGCUUUGAGGAUGCUGAGAGCUCGGAUGUGGCCAACUCGGUGGUUCGCUUCAUCAACCGCUUUGUGGACAAAGUGUGCAAUGAAAGUGGAGUGACCAACGAACACUUGAAGGCUCUUCACAUUAUGAUACCAGACAUUGUUCAGAUGCACAUUGAGACAUUGGACGCAGUCCACAGAGAGAGCAAGAGACUGCCUCCCAUCCAAAAGCCCAAGCUUCUGAGACCGACGCUGUUAGCGGGUGAGGAGUUUGUAAUGGAUGGCAUGCGGGUACACCUCAUGUCAGAUGGGCGAGAAGAGGCCACAGGUGUGAUGGGCGGCCCGCCCCUCCUGCCUGCUGAGGGUGCCAUCUUUCUCACCACCUAUCGCAUCAUUUUCAAGGGCACCCCCACCGACCCCCUGGUUGCCGAGCAGAUCGUGACUCGCUCCUUCCCCAUCGCCUCCCUCACUAAAGAGAAGAAGAUUUCAGUCAAUUUACCCAUGGACCAGUUCAUCCAGGAGGGUCUGCAGCUCCGCUCCUGCACCUUUCAGCUGAUGAAGGUAGCAUUCGAUGAGGAGGUGGCAUCUGACCUGGCUGAGGUUUUUAGGAAACAUGUACAUAAACUUCGCUUCCCUCAGCAUGUACAUGGCACCUUCGCUUUCACCGUGGGUCAAUCGGCCAAGCUGGUGGUGGAGCACAAGACCAAGGACAAGAACCAGUCUUUAAAAACACUCUCUAAAAACCUGGUAAAGAGUGCUAAGAAGACAAUUGGGCGGCAGUAUGUGACCCGGAAGAAGUACACUCCUCCGACCUGGGAGAAUCGCAGCAGUCUGCAGUCGGAAAUAGACGAGGACGAGAUCUCAGUGUCUGAGGAGGUGGAGCAGAGCUCACUCACGCUUUCCUCCACCAUCCGCUCAUCCGACCGCCAGACCAUGAGCAACGUAGUGGAGCGUGCAUGUUGUCGGGACUACCAGCGCAUGGGCCUGGGCACGCUGAGUAACAGCCUGACGCGCUCCAAAAACGAGCCAUUCCGCAUCUCCACUGUCAACCGCAUGUACACCAUCUGUAGGAGUUACCCAGGCUUGCUGAUUGUGCCUCAGAGCAUUCCAGACACCACCCUUCACCGCAUCUCACGCUGCUACAGGCAGAGCCGAUUUCCUGUCGUGUGUUGGAGGAAUUCGCGCACCAAAGCCGUGCUCCUGCGCUCAGCCGGCCUGCACACCAAGGGUGUGGUGGGCUUCUUCAAGUCACCCAAUGCCCCCAGCGCAGGUCCAUCUCAGGCUGACUCUGCCAGUUUGGAGCAGGAGAAGUACCUGCAGGCCAUCAUCAGCUCCAUGCCCUCCUACAGCGAGGCCAGCGGAAGAAACACUCUCAGCGGCUUCACAUCUGCUCAGAUGAGCACCUCGGACUCAUCAGACAAGCUGAGACAACCUAAAAUUGGUGCUCUUAUGAAGCAAGUCAUGGGGACCAAAGAGGAUGUGCCUGGUACCUUCAGUCGAGGAGCACUGGGUCAGAGGGCGAAAGUCAUCUCCCUCUCUCAGCGUAAGGUUUCAGGCCAGGCCCGCAGUUCGACCAGAGGCAAGUGGGGCAGCAUUCGAGGCAGCGGGCGUGUCAGCUAUAAUCCAGAUGUGGGGAACCGACUGGCAGGGAAGGACUCCCCUCAGACCAAUGGAGGCCCAAACGAACAAUACUUCCUCCGCCAGCAGCGUGCAUAUCUCUACAUCAUUGGAGACAAGAACCAGCUCAAGGGGGGAAAGCAGGACGCGUUCCAGCAGUGGGAGGUUGUGCCCAUCGAGAUGUUUGACAUGCGGCAAGUCAAGAACAGCUUCAAGAAGCUGAUGAAGGCCUGCGUACCCUCCUCUGCCUCCAACGAGCCAAACAUGUCCUUCCAUCGCUGCCUGGAGGAGUCUGAAUGGAUGAAUUUGCUGAACAGGCUUCUGCAGGUGUCAGUCCUGGUGGUGGAGCUUUUAGACAACGGCUCCUCAGUCAUGGUCAGCCUGGAGGACGGCUGGGACGUUACAACUCAGGUGGUAUCUCUGGUGCAGCUGCUGUCAGAUCCAUACUACCGCACAUUUGACGGCUUCCGGUUGCUCGUAGAGAAAGAGUGGCUGUCAUUUGGUCAUCGUUUCAGCCACCGUGGUGCCCAGACGCUGGCAAGCCAAAGCAGCGGCUUCACACCUGUCUUUCUGCAGUUUCUCGACUGUGUGCACCAGAUCCAUCAUCAGUUCCCCAUGGAGUUUGAGUUCAGUCAGUACUAUCUGAAGUUCCUAGCCUAUCAUUAUGUGUCCAACCGCUUCCGGACCUUCCUGCUGGACUCCGACUAUGAACGCAUAGAAUUGGGUGUUCUAUAUGAGGAAAAGGGAGAGAGGCGGAACCCUCAAGUGUGCAAGUCUGUGUGGGAUUACAUUGACCGUUUGCACAAGAAGACCCCCACCUUCUACAACUACAUGUUCUCUCCAGAAGAGGACGAGGUCCUGAAACCCUACAGCAACAUUUCCAAUCUGAAGGUGUGGGACUUUUACACAGAGGAGACGCUAUCAGAGGGGCCGUCGUUUGACUGGGAGCUGGUGCGGGGGAAAACAGAGGGACCAGAGGAAGAGAGAGCAGAAACGACUGCACCCAAAUCUCAGAGGCGGGUGGUCUGGCCUUGCUACGACAGACUGAGCAAAGUGGUACCUGACGCCAUCACCAAACUGCUUCAGGAUGUACAGAACCUUGAGGCUGAGCUGGGACAUGUUUCUGAAAGAUGGAAGGACACAUGGGACAAGAUCAAAACAACACAGCGCACUGAGACCAAACUCGAGAGCCGGCCCUCGUUCUCCAGCUCCCUGCUUAUGUCAUCCAACCUGAGCCACCACCGGCGUUCUCAGGGUGUGUACCUGCAGGAAAGUAGGGUCGGCUCCUCCAUCAACCUGGCCCUGGAGCACGAGGCCAGUGCCACCUCCACUCCCUCCGUUGGCCACACCAGCACCAGCACUCUCUACUCCCAGUUCAGGAGCACAGAGAGCGAGAACCGGAGCUUUGAAGGGAUCUUAUUUAAGAAAGGAGCAUUGCUGAAACCUUGGAAGCCACGCUGGGUUGUGCUAGACAAGACCAAACACCAGUUGAGAUACUACGACUCAAGGCAGGAUAAAGAAUGCAAAGGGGUUAUCGAAUUAGCCGAGGUGGAGUCCGUCAUUCCAGGCACACCUGCAAUGGGAGCUCCAAAAGCUGCAGAGGAGAAAGCCUUCUUUGAUCUGAAAACAACCAAAAGAGUGUACAACUUCUGUGCACAGGACAGCAAUAAUGCACAAGUGUGGAUGGAUAGUAUUCAAAGUUGCCUAUCUGACGCAUAAAAGAAAGAGGACCUGAUUACAAAAAAAAACUACUGUGAUUGAAAAGUUGUGUGCUGGGCUUUCAGCGGACUGAGCUCUCAACCGGUGGCACGACUUCCCUACUGGUUGUAGGAGUGAGGAAAUCGGAGUAAGGAAAGCGUCGGUGGCGUUGAUGGUCUAAUGUUGAUGGAAAAUGUUGCACCUCACCACAUUUCAGUGUUUUUGUUUAAAAAAAUGUUUAAAAAGCAAAAAAAAGAAAAUCCAAGCAGAGAAUCCACGCAAAGACAUGAAUCAGCGUCAGUAGUCAUACCACUAUACAGACAUGGUUGUUUUGUGGAUACAUGGCAACGUGUACUAGUUUUAAUGGAUUGCAUCUCUUCUCAUAAGUCAUGAGCAAGGCACCCACUAUCCCUCCAAAAAUACUGCCAGGUUAAAAAAUGCUAUGCAUGGGGUGUGGGGAGCAUGCCCAGUAAAGCCACAGCGAAGCAGGCGCUUACGCUUCAUUUUCAAACAUCAUCAAACACCAUUACUACCAAAUCAGCUGGACACUGUCACCAAAUUAGAGACCUUGCUUUGUUUACUACACGUCCACUUCCCUGCCAUUUAACUUCUGACUUGAACUUUCCGAGCAACGAGCAUGCAGAAGCUAGACGUCUUUUCAAUGGUUCAUGAAGGAUCUUUUGUUGCUUUUGUUUACUGCUUUCAUGGACAGUAAGAAAUAUCAGUACUUGCCGCUCAUUUCCUUUUGUUUUUAAAUUUGAUUUAUUGUUUAUUAUUAAUCCCUUCAGUUAAUCGCCCUGCCAGUUGGAAUAACAUUCUCAGAAUAGCUUGUUUACAAACAGAACUAUACGACUCAUGAGAACCACUAUGAACCCUCUGAAGUUAAGAGAUGCUGAAGGAAGGAAGGCUAGAUUUUGCAGCAGUUAUAUUAUGCAUACAAAAUGCAUAUUUUUAAACGAGAUCUACAUAAACUAGUGGAUAUUUUACACGAGGGUGUCUGUUUACGCCAGGCUGGCUCUGAGUCCUGUAUGAUUCUUUCCACAUGAACAAAAUUCUGAUCACAAGAUGAAGAGAAUCUCAGAUGGUAGCCGUUUUUUAAAUGGUCUAAAUUGUGCUGAGUCAGACCCUGUGAUCCCGUAAUGAGAAAACACAUCUGGAGUAGGUAGGAAAUGCAGGUAAACAAGGCCAAAUGCAAACUAGUCUGUGCGCUUGUACAUUCCAAAGGAGAACCGAGGACGAAUAUUUUAAAAUGAUGGUUCAGCUAGUGGUCCUGAAGACAUUUUAUGACAAAUAUGUUGUCUAGGACUUAAGCGUAGCUUGGUGUGGUCGUUUCCAGAAUUGCCUUGUUAAACAUAGUUUAUUUAAAAUAAAUAUAACCCUCAAUCAUCCUCUCACUAAUGCUGGUCCCUGCUCCUGAUUGGGAAGGACGAGGCUGCUCCACGCCCCCUCCGACACGUGCACAGCAAUCGAACAUCUUAUCACCUACACUUGACGAGUGCAGUGCAGUACAGCGCUGUGUACGGAGAGCCACACCCUGUACCGCGCUCCUUUCCCAUCUCCGUGCAGGCGCCACCAACCAGCCAGCAGAGGUCGUAAUCGCACUAGCCUGAAAGAGAGUCCCCAUCCGGCUUAAUCCCGCCCCUAUCUGAACAACGGGCCAAUCGUUCUUCAUGUGGUUUCUCAGCCUCAGCCGGCAGGCAGAGCCGAGGUUCGAUACGAUGUAUUCGAGAUCUCAGCUCUGGUGAACAGUGUGUGUUUUUACCGUUGCGCCACCUGAGCGGCCCUCACCACAGUUUUGAUUAGAAGUUGGGUGCUUAGUCUAUGUACAAUAAUGUGUGAAUUAUGACAUUCAUUGCUGUUCCGGCUACAUUAAUGUACAGUAUAACUCCAUGUUGUUGUAGAGCAACGAAAUUGAUUAUCCUCCAAUAAAGUCUGGACCAAGAAAUCUAUAUAUAUAUAUUUUUUAGAUAUAUUUUUAAAUCCAUUUCUCCCAAUUUAGUGUAGUCAGUCUGUCUUCCGCUGCUGGGGAUCCCCGAUACCCUUGAGGAGGGUAUAUUGCUGCCCACGCCUUCUCUGACCCAUGCGUAACUCCCAAGGGAACCCUUUUCCACCCAUGCACUCUGCACAGACGCCUCUAUCCGCCAAUCUGGGUCCUUACACAGCGUUUGAAGACCCCACCCACAUAUUCAUCCGGUCAUCCCUCCCUGCAGGCACUGCCAAUUAUGCCCGCUAAAUGGUUUCAGAGAGUUUCAAACCCAGGAGUUCAGAAUCUCAUCGCUGGUGUGCUAGCGGAAUAUCCUGCUGCUCCACCUGGGCACCAGGAAUCUUUAUAUUAUUCCUCCCAAUUUAGGAAAUUAUCUCUGACACCAUCUACUUCUUUUCACACUGAAGCAGAAGCACUCACACACGCUGAUUUGCUUGGUGUCCAACAAGCAUUGGCAGCAAUUCGCAGUGAGAAACCCCAUCGACCUCCCUCCCUCAGACACAGCCAAUCGUGCCUGUUGGACACCCAACCAGGUUGAUAGCACGGCUGAGAUUCAAACUUGAGAGCUUGAGAUCUCAGCAUUGGUGCCACCCGAGUAACCCUGCACCAGACCACUUGUACUGCAUGUGAUGUGUUCUCUGUCCCAACCGCACACCUACAUGUUGAAUUACAUCUUAGUCUGUGACUUUUGAGGCAUGCUAGAUAAUAUCCAUUGUAACAGGCUUGUUGUCGGUCAGUGAAUAUUCACAAAUGCAUGCAAGCUAUGUACUUGCUGUGUCCCAAAUCGCAUACAACAUACCAAAUGGUAUGUAAGGAAGCUGAUGUUGGUGUGCUAAUUUGACACACUGUUUAGUACUAUAGAACAUGCUAUGGGACACACCAGGCAAUAUCUCUUUCUGUCGAAGUCAGUGAUGCAGUAAAUCAGAUGGUUUUUAAAGGUUAUGGAACUUAAUGUUUUUACAAUUUACACAAAGUGAAUUGGCUGGAUUUCUUUACAUCUGUGCAUCCAUUGUGCGCCCAAUGUAUUUUAAAAAUCAAACGUUAAAUUUCCUAGAUUUGCUAUAAUAUUGCUAUAUUAAAACCUUCCCAACUGGGCCGCUCUGCCUGCCGGCUAAGGCUGAGCGGCCACAUGAACAACGAUUGGCCUGUUGUUCAGAUAUGGGCGGGACUAAGCCGGAUGGGGUCUCUCUCCCAAUCUGCUGGCUGAUUGAUGGAGCCUGCACAGAGAUGAGAAAGGAGUGCUCUCAGGGUGUGUCUCUCCGUACACAACGCUGAGCUGCCCACGAGUCGGAGGGGGCGUGUGUUAGCUUCGUUCUCUUCAAUCAGAACGGGGAUCGGCAUUGGUGAAGAGGAAGCAUGACACAAUCGGGCAAUUGGACGCGCUAAAAAGGGAGAAAAUGCAUAAAACAAAAAUAUAUACAUAUAUAUAUAUAAAAAAAAAAACAUACUUUGGUAUAGUGUGACUUUUAUGACAGACAGUGGAUUUGCUUAUAAACUGAAAACGGAACACAGAAGGAUGUCUGGUUCUCCAGAUGUGUAUUCCCAUUUCGAUCACACCUGGCUCUCCAAGAAUAAAAUAGCAUUUUUAAGUAAAUGUACUAUACAGGACAAUUUAACCCUUCAUUCUUGUUCUCAUGAUGGUUCGGUGUGUAAAAACUCCAACCUUUGUGUCCGUAUUUUAGUGUAGAUAAAAUAGCUUCUCUUUUUUAAGAAUUGCUUUUAGGAGGAUCGGGGUCACUGCCAGUCUGGUCCUAGGACACUGAUCGUCAUCAGAAGCAGUGUUUUUAGCUAGAUUCUGUUACUUUGUGUUCUGAAUUCUGUACAUAGCGGAGUUUAUAUUUGUCAGAUUUCUUUAGCGAGACAGCGAGAGAGAAAGAAAGAGGAAGUCUAUUCCGUUGGAUGUAUCACUUUUUUUCUCUUCAGUCUUUUUUUUCCCCCGGAUACACAAACUAACACACACGCACACACGCACACAUACAGUGUAAAAUAGGGUAAUCCUGCUUGCUGUCUUGUUGAACAUCAAAUUUGAAUUGUAGAUUUAUUUUGUUCUGAUAACUCCCUUUGUAUAUAAUUUUCAGAUUUCUAUGUUAGUUAGUUAUUUAUUUAACGUCGUCUCCUGAAUAAGACAGUCCUCCAAGCACCACUUAACUCUUGAAUUAGAAAUUCCAAUACGUGCCAUUGUUUAAUUCUGUAUUAAUGUGACUAAUGCUGAUAUUUUUUUUUUUUUUUUUUUUUUAACUACAAAUAAAUCCUCAAUGUCUUUUUUUCUAA